AUGACGGAACACGCCAAGCAGUGCGUCAGCGUGUCUCUGAACACAGCAGACGAUGAAGAUGACGAUGAAGAUGAUGAAGAGGGAAGGAAAGACAAACGUCCUGUCGCCUCCACUCCUGUCCCAGGGUCGCCAUGGUGUGUGGUGUGGACGGGAGACGACCGCGUCUUCUUCUUCAAUCCCACAAUCCACCUGUCUGUGUGGGAGAGACCUGGAGAGCUGAUUGGCCGGGACAUCAGCCGCAUCAUCCAGGACCCGCCCCACAAGAGGAAGAAGAUGUCAGUUGAUGACACGGACUCCAAAAGUCAUUCAUCUGAUCUGAAUGAAGAUGGAGACGAUGACAACAGACACACCUCCAAAAGAAACAGAACUGAGGACUCCAUGUCUCUGGUUCCUCGUCCUGGAGAAGUGAAACUCCUUCCACUGGAGCUUCGCAUCACACAUUUCAGAGACAUGAUGCUGGAGAGAGGGGUGUCUGCGUUCUCCACCUGGGAGAAGGAGCUCCAUAAGAUGGUGUUCGACCCUCGGUACCUGCUGCUGACCUCCGAUCAGAGGAAACAGGUGUUUGAUCAGUUUGUAAAGAGCAGACUGAAGGACGAGUAUAAAGAGAAGAAGAGUAAACUCCAUAAAGCCAGAGAAGAGUUCAAACAGCUGCUGGAUGAGGCCAAAAUCACCAGCAGGUCCACCUUUAAGGAGUUCUGCUCCCGUUACCGUAGCGACCAAAGGUUCAGCGCCCUCAACAGGAAGAAGGAGCAGGAGGUUCUGUUUAACCAGUACAUGUCGUCAUUAAAGAAAAGGGAGAAGGAGAACCGAGCCAAGCUGAGGAAAAUGAGAUGAGGAACAACCUUCAUUUAAAAAAAAAAACAAACCUCCUAGAACUCCUAACAGUGGGUCCGAUCCAGGUCUGACUGCCGGAUCCUGGUCUCAGAGAAACUGGACCGGGACCACAUAGGAUCUGAUGAACUGGUCUAAGAAGACAGGUUGGCUUAGACUCAGAGACGCUGAGCUGAAGUGGACGAAACGUCAAAAGAACCAGAGCACAAACAAACCGUGAGAACGUCUGACCGUCUGUUUAUCUGUCGGCUGUGUUUCCAUAAACUUUCCAAACGUUGCAAAAAAGAAAAAAAAACGACUGUAAGUUUGUCUCGUUUCCAUGAACAGGUUCGUAGUGAAUCAACUCGUGUGUGGUGUGAUCUGCAGGUGGCGCUAUCGUCUUUGUCCGAAGUCCAGGUCGUCAUGUUCAUAUUCGUUAGUUGUCCGGUCAUUUGUAGUAUUUCCUGCUGCUCUGUGUCAAUCAAAACAAUAGCAAAAAAUGUCAACGCCCACUUUCUGUUAUUACCUUUCACAAUAAAAGCCCAGAACAUACAGUGCAGACUACGAACAUACAAGGAUCCCUUUCCCGAUAAAUGACAAAAUAACUCAAUGUGGUUUUAAAAAGGAAAGAAAGACCUGGAGAAGUGAUAGGAUCAACUGAACCAAGUUUAAAGGACUCAACUCCAAAAUAAAACAAUGCUUUAGUUUGUUCCAAUGUAAUUCCACCAACGGCCACUAGAUGCUGCUCGGAAAAUCCCAUAGACGACCACUGAACAUUUCACUUAAAACACUAAGCUAACAGUGUUUUUUACAGGACUCACCUUCAUGUCAUCCUCCAUAUUUGGACCUUGUAAUAAACAUUGUGCUCCAUCUUAAAUUAUUCGUCCAUUAAUGCGAUUUAACACCAAACAGAAGCCACGUGGGCUUUGAUUGACAGAUGUGAUUGACAGGUCACUUGACUUUCAGACCUUCUGUUUCUGGAGAUGAUUCAGUUUCACAAAUGCUUUGAUGAAGAUGACAUUUUACUCUGUCAGUUAGCAUUAGCAUUAGCUCCUGUCUGAUCAUGCAUUUACGCAGCUCCACCCCUUUUGCCAAAUACGGUCACUUCUGGCUACAAAAACACGGCAGCGACCAAACUACCACCAUCAGCUGUAGCUGAUACUAGCAAACAAAUGAUGCAUCUGUACUUGUGGUUUUACGAAGGGAAUUCUUGAGCACAUUUAUUUAUAUAAAAAUAGCAGACUUUGUAACU